AUGACAACCACAACAGCCUUUCCUUAUACCAAUCCGUACAGCAAUCCUUAUUCGCAACGGAGAGGAUCGCUGUCGUCACAGCAAUCGUCGGCGCAACAAAAGUUCCAACAAAAACUCGAAGCAUUGGCAAGGUCCAGCUGUGUGCCGUCGACGCAAACUGUAGAGCAGUUGUGUGAUUUGCAGAGUCGAUGCGAAAAUGAUGGUUCACUGUGGUCGCUAUCAACAGCAGAAGGGCUUGCAACGUUUGUUAUUCGAACAUUUGGUUGCCUUGUGAACAUUGACACAUCGGGCCAGAACCCGCAAGGCUAUCCAGCCACUCUCUCCUUCUUGGCUCGAUGCUUGGACCAAUGGUCGCAGAGUGAUGAAUCCAUCAUUUAUACCGCUUCCACCAAAGUGAUGGAGAUCCGAAUGGACAACAAUCUGCAGCAAUCGUUUCGCAUGUCCCUCUUGCAAACGCUUCACAAUCUAGUGGUCUAUGAGGAUUGGAAAGGAAACGAUCGCGCCAUUCGCAAUGUAGCAAUGGUUUGCCUCUCUAUCAUUUGGCAGAAUCUGGAUCGAAUUCAGCGACUCAUUUCUUGGAAAUGCUACAACAAUACCUUCCCAAGCCAUUCCAUUGAAGCAGUAUGGUGGAUUCCUGCUUCGAAUGAGGAAAAGUUGGCCACUGUGGCUGUCAAAGGUCUUUUGAGCGACGAUAAAGAUCUAGACUUCUCGAGCUCCCAUAUCUAUCCACGGGGGGAGCUCUUGAAGACUGCCUACAUUUCGGUCCUCAUUUGUCUUUUGAAGCAUGACAAGACGUCCUGGCUGCAUCAUUUGGCGCUGCAGGACCAAGACACUCUAUCCCAUCUAUCUCAGACUCUUUUGGGAGCAAUGCAUCAACUCAACAACCAAAGCUUGACGUCUCGCUAUACUCUACACGCCUCGUUUGCGUCAGUGGCACUGCUCGUACUCAUGGAUCACAAAGUCACUCUUGACAUUUCAAACCAACUCAAUCAACUUUUCUAUUCCACAAAACUACUGGAUAGUGUCUUUCAAGCAUACUUUGGGGUCCUUGGAGCAUCGAGUCCCUCUGGACCGCGAUGGACAUACGAGCACAAGGAUGACGCGACAGGUCGAUGGAUGGAAGAUUUCAUCGUAGUUUGGAGCCAAUGCAAGGAUUCGUCGACACGACAAUUGGCAUUUGAUGCAUUAGAGCGACAUUGGAAACCUCAUGUGGAGCAAGGCUGGACCUCGUUUUUGACGGAAGACUACUGCAAUCCCGACGAAGUCGCACGAAAACACAAGCAUUGUGCUUCUUUACUAUCCAGAUUGGUUCUACUGUACUCGGUCCACCACUCGUCCCUGCGCAAUUCACUGUUCUCUUCAAUGGCACAACACGCAAAGUCCGAUGAGACAUCUGUUUCAUAUCUGGUACAGCCAUGUCAACGUCUCGUCAAAACACUACAGCACCUGAGUUUUCACCCCGAUAACUCUAUUGCACUUUGUGCAGCUUCGUUUACGAAAGCGCUUCUGAGUGAACGAGGCAGCUUGCUCCUGCAUCAAGACGUGGUGGAGAGAGCAAUCGAUCGUAAAACCGUGGAUGCCUUCCUGAUGGGGGUUGUGAAACUUGUGAAACGACAGGGAAGCCAAACUCAUCUAUUCCGCCCACUUCUUUUGAUUCUCCUCGAUGUCGUUGAUUUGAUGCUUUCGCUGGCCGAGCGAAUUGGAGAGGCAAUCCACCUUGUUGAUUCUGAGUUGACCGAGGUUUUUAUCAGUCUCAUGACUCCCAAGGAGAUUCGGAUUGACCAAGCGGGCGCUUUCUUGGAUACCUCCAAUGAUACAACGAUAAUGGAGGACUCCGAGACUGAUACCCCGCCAGCCAACAACUUGUCCCGCCUCGACGAAAGAAGUAUCUGUAUCGAAAAGGAGGAGGAGGAGCCCGCGUCCACCUGCAACGACCAUUUCAUUCGUAUGGCAGCAGCAACAAUUCUGUCUCGCUUUGGAUUCUUUGAAAUUGAUAAUCAGCUCCAAAAGGGGGGUGAAAUUGGGCUUCGACUCGUCCAAAACCGGAUACGGAAAGCAGUCCCGGACUUUUUUGCAACUCUUGGACCAACCAAAAGCAUGGGUGGAGAAUCCGCCUCCUUCGAAAACCUUUCCAUGGAUUCAAUGGAAAGCAGGAGACGGUACCUCCGGUUGCUUACAGCCAUGGCCACUGCAGAGAACGAGGAGUUCCUGGCUAGCAAUUUGUUAGCAUCGGACCAGUGCAAGGAGAGGGAAAUAGAGCGAUUGCAAGAAAAGAUCAAUUCCGUCGAGAGUAAACUCCAAGAAUCUACUCAAAGAGAGACUCAACUUUGCAAGGAGAAAGAAGAGAUCAAAAGAAAGAUGGACAACCAGGCCGUCCGUUUCUGGAAGGAGGCGCAACGGAUGAAGAAAUCGGAGCAGCUUGCAGCCGAGUCCAAAAUUGGCCAAUUUGAUACCGAGAGAAAAAUUGCGGAACGACGGGUUACCGCGAUGUCGAGGGAACUACAGGACACGCAAGAUCGAGCGAGGGAGGCUGACCGAGCUGCUAAAGCUUCGUGUGAGGCCGAAGCUAAAACACGAGAGGAGCUUCACACUACAAUCGAGCAAAUGAAUACCUUGAGGAAAGAGUCUGCGGAGCUGAAGCGACAAGCAGCAGAGCGCGAUGCAGCCGUCCGCGGAAUGAAGGAAAGGCUGACAAACUUGGAGAAAGACCAGGGGACCUUGCAAGAGCUGCUAUCCAACAGGGACGAAACGAUUGGCAAUCUGAACAAAGCUCGAGACAAGUUGGAAACAAAUCUCGACAACGUGUUUUCUGAUCUCGUCAAGCUAUGUGAGAUGUACGAAGUGUUAGAAGGGCAGGCAGAAGAUCGCCGGAUUGCCAGAGACGAACUGUCAAAACAGCUCGACGAGGAACGGAUUCAAAAGAAGGAGACAGAGCAGCGUAUGGCGAAGGAAAAAGAGCAGCUUCAAAAUGACACUAAAGCGCUGGAACAGAAACUUACCCGCUACAAAGAGAAGAUCGAAAAAUACAGGGCAGAACGCCAAACAUCUGCUCAUGCUCACACCAAGAGCAGUCUGCACGAUUCAAGCUCUCACCGAUCCUCGUUGCGCUCAAAUAGUAAUAGCAGACAUGGAUCCAGCAGAAGUUCCAGGACAACAACGCGUGGCAAAGAGAACAAUGGGUAUGCUUACGAGUCCCAACAAAUACGUCCGAGGCAGCGGGAGAAGGAACGGGGCUCCGAAUCACAAAGAUAUGCUACCGGUACCUCGAGGCGACAGGAAUCACAGCGCGACGCACCACCGCAAAAAGAUAAAACCACAGAAUCGCAGAGGCGCAUUAGGACGAGAGACGAAGAGAAGUACUCGACACAAGCUAGAUACUAUCGCUAG